AUGGCAACUGCUACGAAGAUUCAUUUGAACCCAGCCACGGAUGCAGGCAUCUAUAGCUCCAAUGUCCGGGAAGAUGCAGCACAGACAGCGAGUGAGAUUUUACAGGAAGAUAUGGCGAAGCAUCACGUCUUCUUCAACGACCAGGGAUUCCACAACCACAUCCCCCAUCAAAUCCUCAGUAUAUAUGCUCUGGGAGCAACACCAGAACAUAUCAAGGCCGGGUACAAGCAUAAUAAAAUUUACCAGAGGCCCGCGCUGCCGGCAAGCCAAGACGUAAUCCAGUCUAUGCAUGACGUCGCCAAAUUCCAGGAAUGUCUUGGGAAGGAAGAGAAUUAUCCAAACUACCUUGCCUUCUUUCAGCAGGAGAUUGAUGACAAGGGUGUUGGCGGGGUCCUGGAGGAGUAUAUAUUUGCUGGAGAUGAGCGAGCGGAGAAUAUGCUGUGUCGACUCUUUGGUGGUCUAGUUCACCCACUCAUCCAUCUCGGGUUCGGUCUUGAAUUCAAUCAGCCAGCCAUUGUAGCGCAAGCUCUUGCCCAAACAGCCGUGCACGAGGACUGGAUCGGUCGUCAGUUCUUCUUACCGGCUGAGAAGAUGGCUGGUGGGAUUGGAAAGCCGGGAAAGAAAUCACUUCUGCAGCUUCUAGAUGAAGUUCAUACGGACAAGGCUCUUAUUGAGAGUGUUCGAUGGACGGAUGCUAAUAAGAUCCGGGAUGGGAUCUUGACUAGGGCACCUGGGGAGAUGGUGAAAUAUGCAGCUCAAUUCACAGUUUCGGAGGAACAGGUUGAGGAAAAGCUGGCGGAUAUGAUUAAUACCGUUGUGUACUAUACUAGCACCGCACAGCGUCCAACAAAAGAUAUGAAGCUGGACUUUUUCUUCAUCCACUGUCUCAACUCAUCCAUCUUCUUCUCGAAGAUCAUCAAGCUCCCAUUCCUAGAUCAGCGAUCCAAGCUCCGCCUACUGGAAUGGAAGGGUCGAAUGGAUCUUUUGAUGUACGUCUCGCGUGGAAUGCCCGAUCUCCUGCUGGAAGAGGUGGCCCAGUAUCCCAUCAAGGAUGACUGGUCUCAGAUAUUUGCUCGCAGUCUCGCCCAUCCCAGUGACGAUGGACACCUAGCCAAACUAGUACGGGCAUUGGCUCAUGGUGAGAAGGUCUGUCAGCCAUAUGAGAGCAGUAAUAGACAGAUGCCAAUUAAGGGAGAUAUGUGGCUUCGGAUUGGGAAUAUAGCCGUUGACUCCACUGUUAAAGAAGAGAAUUCGCCUAUGUGGAUCCGUUCUACUGGGUUUGAUGAAGCCUGGGAGCCUCAAGGAGGUGCACGUAUGUGA